UUUUUGUUCUUCUUCUUUCUUUCUGUUACUUUUUUUUUGACAUCAUAAUUUUGUGAAACAUUAAUAGCAGCUAAGUAGAUCUAAUUUCUGUGCCCAGUCAUGCCAGAAGUUAGCUUUCUAUAUCUAUGAAAUGAGGAAAUUGUGCUAUAAACAAACACCAGGUCUCUUUUAGCGCUGAAUCACUAUGAUUCAGAAUAAGGGCCAAAUUGGCUUCACAUGUUACUAUUCAGUCAGAACUACUAUGUUUCUGUGUAGCAUGUUCAGUUUGCUAACAUAUCUGCUUAAUUAACUGAGGUGUACUUAGAUACAUCAGAAAUCCAACUAAGGUUUUUUUUUAUAACUGAAAAUAAACCUGAAAUUUAUCUUUGUAGGCCAAAGUGGUACCAACUUAAAAUGCUAUAAAUUUUUGCAGUAAAUGCUAUGUUUUUAUUAUUAAAUGAGGAGCUAUGAUAAUAUUUCCACUUUUUAUUCCCUCAGUAUAUGAGAUUCCUCUUUUUGUCUUUGUAGUUAAAUUACAGAGAGUCAAAUUCUGUGCUUUACUCAACUGUGGUACUCCUUUUGAUGGAGCACUUAGAAAAGAAGUGAUCAGUAUAAGGCAGCAUGGGGUUUCUCUUAAGAACAAGUCAUGACAGACUAACGUUUUUCUUCUCUUCAUUCCUUUUUUUGUUUAUUAGACUUUCGCUAGGUGUAAUACAUGUGUGCAUUGGAGUAGUGCAAUAAGUGUAAUAUAUAAGAUAUUGGACACAGUCCAAUUUGAAGACAGUUGGAGAAAUCUCAGCUGAAUAAUUGUAUGGUUGGGUAGCUUUCUAACUGUUUUAAUAUCUGUAUUCAAAGAAGACUGAUGGAGGUACUGGUGGUACCUUGGACAAAGAUCUCCAGGAACAGGUUUCAGGGCUCUCUCCUCUGCUGUUAAACAUUUUAUUAAUGAUUUUUAUGGGGAUAGUGGUGGCAUGUUGUAUAAUUUUGUAAAUUAUUUAAAACUGAAGUAUAACUGAUGAUUUUGGAUAAUGAGCACAAAUCCUGAAAGCUAUCAACUGCGAAGUUAAUUGGCCAGAUAAGAGAAGUGAAAUUUAACUAAAAUAAAUGACUUGCACUUGGAUCUGAAGAACUCAAGGACUUGAUUCCUUAACAGUAAUGUGUGAGUUAAAGAACAGUUUUCCCUGAGUGUAAACCAAGCAAGAUUCAUUAGGGAUGUGGCUGCCUAAAAUAAUAAAGACAUUUGAGAUUAUUUUCACGUAAUUUCUAAGAUCAUGGAGGAGUUAGGUUUUUUGUAUUUUGAGAUGAUUGUGCCAUGCCUAGAAUAUUUCAUUAAUUCUAGAUACCCUCCUGCCCUGUUUUAAAAGGGACAUUAAUAAAGUAUAAUCAGUGGAUGGAAGUGCUCAGGGCACUUGAAAGGAUGCCGUCUGAGGAAUGGCUGAAGGAAUUAAGAGGUUAAUUUGUAACAGACUGAGGAAAGGGCUGCCUUGGAAUGUAAUGAGGGUUUGUUUUUGUUUCAUUGUUUUGUUUGUUCAUUUUAGUAAAAAUGUUAAUACUUCAGCUGGUAGAUUUAUGAUGCUCUAGUGGAGAGGAUAGGAGAUUAGACUACAUAACAGUUGAGUUAUGAAACAUCCUAUAAGAUGGAGAAAAUAGGGAGUAGUUGAAUCCUGGUUCUGCCGUUUUCUAACUGAAAUAUCAUGGUGACCACAGGUGUAUUUCUCAUUCUCUCUGACUUCCAGCCUGUAGAAUAGAGAUAAUAAUACCUAUCUAAUGGGGGUUCUUGUUGGGGAUUAAGUGAAGUAACAAAAUAAAUUAGCUUGGUUAUAGUGCUCCUGAUUGUUAGCUAUUACUAUUGCCUGCUUGAGAUAUGGAAUCAUACUACGUGUAUUUGGAACAGAUACAUUGUUUCUGCAUAUUAUGAGUCACUGUAGUUAAGGAAGAGAGACUAGAAUUUGAAGUUCUGUUUUUGGAAGGAAAUAUGAUAGACCUUGACUUGUCAUGUGUUUGUGGCACAGUAGUCAUUGUUCUGUGUUAAUUUGACCAUUAAAAUUCAAUAUGCUAAAGGAAGGAAAGGAAAAGAAAGAAAAAUGUAUAGUUGCAGAAGGCUUUGAUUGUUGUUGUUAAUUUUCCAUCCCAAAAUUUGUUUUGACCACAAAGUAUGCAGAAAGAAAGUUGUAUGUUUUGAAAAAUGAAAAAUAUUUUAAUAUCCCAUUAAUCUGAUGACCUGGUCCAGGAGCUUCCAGCAUGUUUGUUUUGGCUUUAGUUCUUGGUUCUGUAGCCUUAGGCAGGGACUCUUUAAAAGAAGGAUGAUUGAAAUGAAGUAGCCCAAGUGCUUCUUCCACAGUCUUUUAAAGUUGAUUCUUAUGUGAUAGAUAAGUUAAUAUGGUGAGUAUGUAGGGAAUAUUUCACAUUUAGCACAUCUACAUGAUUUUUAUGUUUUUCUAGUCAUCUGAAGGAAGUUUAUGAUAGUGGGUACUUUGCUUGUGAACUAUUUUGAUUAAGUUAAAAAUACAUUACUACAGAGGGCUCACCAGUCAAUUUCUACGAAUAAAAUUCUCAUUGUAACAUUGGUAUAUCACAGGACAGUAUUUAAGAGAGAGGUUUUAGAAUGAAGACUGCUUGCAGUUAAAUUCUGACUCUACCACUAACUAGCUGUGUGACUUCAGACGAGUUACUUAAUUUCUCUGUGCCUCAGUUUCUUGUUAAAUGAAGAUAACAAUAGCAUUUAUUCCUCAUAGGAUUACUGUGAGAAUUCAUUGUGAAAAUACAUAUAAAACACUUGGAGCACCUGGAACAUAGUUCGUCAUAAGGCAUCACAGAAAGUUUAUGCUAUGAAGCUUCUUAGUAAGUUUGAAAUGAUAAAAAGAUCAGAUUCUGCUUUUUUCUGGGAAGAAAGAGAUAUUAUGGCCUUUGCCAAUAGUCCCUGGGUGGUUCAGCUCUUUUGUGCCUUUCAAGAUGAUAGGUAUCUGUACAUGGUAAUGGAGUACAUGCCUGGUGGAGACCUUGUAAACCUUAUGAGUAACUAUGAUGUACCUGAAAAAUGGGCCAAAUUUUAUACUGCUGAAGUUGUUCUUGCUCUGGAUGCAAUACACUCCAUGGGUUUAAUACACAGAGAUGUGAAGCCUGACAACAUGCUCUUGGAUAAACAUGGACAUCUAAAAUUGGCAGAUUUUGGCACAUGUAUGAAAAUGGAUGAAACAGGCAUGGUGCAUUGUGAUACAGCAGUUGGAACACCUGAUUAUAUAUCACCUGAGGUUUUAAAGUCACAAGGGGGUGAUGGUUACUAUGGGCGAGAAUGUGAUUGGUGGUCUGUAGGUGUUUUCCUUUUUGAGAUGCUGGUGGGGGAUACUCCAUUUUAUGCAGAUUCACUUGUAGGAACAUAUAGCAAAAUUAUGGAUCAUAAAAACUCACUAUGUUUCCCUGAAGAUGCAGAAAUUUCUAAACAUGCGAAGAAUCUCAUCUGUGCCUUCUUAACAGAUAGGGAGGUACGACUUGGGAGAAAUGGGGUAGAAGAAAUCAAACAGCAUCCUUUCUUUAAGAAUGAUCAAUGGAAUUGGGAUAACAUAAGAGAAACUGCAGCUCCUGUAGUACCUGAACUCAGCAGUGACAUAGACAGCAGCAAUUUUGAUGACAUUGAAGAUGAUAAAGGAGAUGUAGAAACCUUUCCAAUUCCUAAAGCUUUUGUGGGAAAUCAGCUGCCUUUUAUAGGAUUUACCUACUAUAGAGAAAAUUUGUUAUUAAGUGACUCUCCAUCUUGUAGAGAAAAUGAUUCAAUACAAUCAAGGAAAAAUGAAGAAAGUCAAGAGAUUCAGAAAAAACUCUACGCAUUAGAAGAACACCUUAGCAAUGAGAUACAAGCCAAAGAGGAACUAGAGCAGAAGUGCAGAUCUGUUAAUACUCGCCUGGAGAAAAUAACAAAGGAGCUAGAAGAAGAGGUUACCUUAAGGAAAAAUGUGGAAUCAUCAUUAAGACAAUUAGAAAGAGAAAAGGCGCUUCUUCAGCACAAAAAUGCAGAAUAUCAGCGGAAAGCUGACCAUGAAGCAGAGAAGAAACGAAAUCUGGAAAAUGAUGUUAACAGCUUAAAAGAUCAACUUGAAGAUUUGAAAAAAAGAAAUCAGAGCUCUCAAAUAUCCACUGAGAAAGUGAAUCAACUCCAGAGACAACUGGAUGAAACCAAUGCCUUGCUGCGAACAGAAUCUGAUACUGCAGCCCGGUUAAGAAAAACCCAGGCCGAAAGUUCAAAACAGAUUCAGCAACUAGAAUCUAACAAUAGAGAUCUACAGGAUAAAAACUGCCUGCUGGAGACUGCCAAAUUAAAACUAGAGAAGGAAUUUAUCAAUCUUCAGUCAGCCCUAGAAUCUGAAAGGAGAGACCGAACCCAUGGAUCAGAGAUAAUUAGUGAUUUACAAGGUAGAAUAUCUAGCCUAGAAGAAGACUUAAAGAAUGGCAGAAGCUUAUUAGCAAAAGUGGAGCUGGAGAAGAGACAACUGCAAGAAAGAUUUACUGAUUUGGAAAAGGAAAAGAGCAACAUGGAAAUAGAUAUGACAUACCAACUAAAAGUUACACAACAGACCUUAGAACAAGAAGAAGCGGAACAUAAGGCUACAAAAGCACGGCUGGCAGAUAAAAAUAAGAUCUAUGAAUCUAUUGAAGAAGCUAAAUCAGAAGCCAUGAAAGAAAGAACUGUGAAGGUCAUAGGAUUUACCUGGAAAAUGUUUCAAGAAAUGGAGAAGAAGCUUCUAGAGGAAAGGACUUUAAAACAGAAAGUGGAGAACCUAUUGCUGGAAGCUGAGAAAAGAUGCUCUAUAUUCGACUGUGAUCUCAAACAGUCACAGCAGAAAAUAAAUGAGCUCCUUAAACAGAAAGAUGUGCUAAAUGAAGAUGUUAGAAACUUGACGUUAAAAAUAGAACAGGAAACUCAGAAGCGCUGCCUUACACAAAAUGAUUUGAAGAUGCAAACGCAGCAAGUUAACACACUAAAAAUGUCAGAAAAACAAUUAAAACAAGAGAAUAAUCAUCUCAUGGAAAUGAAAAUGAGCUUGGAAAAGCAAAAUGCUGAACUUCGGAAAGAACGUCAAGAUGCAGAUGGGCAAAUGAAAGAGCUCCAAGAUCAGCUUGAAGCUGAGCAGUAUUUCUCAACGCUCUAUAAAACACAGGUUAGGGAACUUAAAGAAGAAUGUGAAGAAAAGACCAAACUUUGUAAAGAAUUACAGCAGAAGAAACAAGAAUUACAGGAUGAAAGGGACUCUUUGGCUGCCCAACUGGAGAUCACCUUGACCAAAGCAGAUUCUGAGCAGCUGGCUCGUUCAAUUGCUGAAGAACAGUAUUCUGAUUUGGAAAAAGAGAAAAUAAUGAAAGAGCUGGAGAUCAAAGAGAUGAUGGCCAGACACAAACAAGAGCUUACAGAAAAAGAUGCUACAAUUGCAUCUCUUGAAGAAGCUAAUAGGACACUAACUAGUGAUGUUGCCAAUCUUGCGAAUGAGAAAGAAGAAUUAAACAACAAACUGAAAGAUGCUCAAGAACAGCUAUCAAUAUUGAAAGAUGAAGAGAUAAGUGCAGCAGCUAUUAAAGCACAAUUUGAGAAACAGCUGUUAACAGAGAGAACACUCAAAACUCAGGCUGUGAAUAAAUUGGCUGAGAUCAUGAAUCGAAAAGAACCUGUCAAGCGUGGUAAUGACACAGAUGUACGGAGAAAAGAGAAGGAGAAUAGAAAGCUACAUAUGGAACUUAAAUCUGAACGUGAAAAAUUGACCCAGCAGAUGAUCAAGUAUCAGAAAGAACUGAAUGAAAUGCAGGCUCAAAUAGCUGAAGAAAGCCAGAUUCGGAUUGAACUGCAGAUGACACUGGACAGUAAAGACAGUGACAUUGAGCAGCUACGGUCACAGCUCCAGGCCCUGCACAUUGGUCUAGAUAGUUCCAGUAUAGGCAGUGGACCAGGGGAUGCUGAGGCAGAUGAUGGAUUUCCAGGUACAGAAUCAAGAUUAGAAGGAUGGCUUUCAUUGCCUGUGCGAAACAACACUAAGAAAUUUGGAUGGGUUAAAAAGUAUGUGAUUGUAAGCAGUAAGAAGAUUCUUUUCUAUGACAGUGAACAGGAUAAAGAACAAUCUAAUCCUUACAUGGUUUUAGAUAUAGACAAGUUAUUUCAUGUCCGACCAGUUACACAGACAGAUGUAUAUAGAGCAGAUGCAAAAGAAAUUCCAAGGAUAUUCCAGAUUUUGUAUGCCAAUGAAGGAGAAAGUAAGAAGGAACAAGAAUUUCCAGUGGAGCCAGUGGGAGAAAAAUCAAAUUAUAUUUGCCAUAAGGGACAUGAAUUUAUUCCUACUCUGUAUCAUUUCCCAACUAACUGUGAGGCUUGUAUGAAGCCACUGUGGCAUAUGUUUAAACCUCCCCCUGCUUUAGAGUGCCGUCGCUGCCAUAUUAAAUGUCAUAAAGAUCACAUGGACAAAAAGGAGGAGAUUAUAGCUCCUUGCAAAGUGUAUUAUGAUAUUUCAUCGGCAAAGAAUCUGUUGUUAUUAGCAAAUUCCACAGAAGAGCAGCAGAAGUGGGUUAGUCGGUUGGUGAAAAAGAUACCUAAAAAGCCUCCAGCCCCAGACCCUUUUGCACGGUCAUCUCCUAGAACUUCAAUGAAGAUACAACAAAACCAAUCUAUUAGACGGCCAAGUCGACAGCUUGCGGCAAACAAACCAAGCUAACUGCCUUCUAUGAAUGCAGUCAUUACUCCAGGUGAUCAUAUUCUUCUUCCAGUUAAAACAAGACUGAAAUAUGAUGGCCCAAAAUUUAUUAAAAAGCUAUAUUUUCCUGAGAGACUGAUACCUAUACACAUAUACAUAUUAUAUGUUCCCCUUCGGUAUAAAUUACAAAUCUUGGAGAGAUUUUCUGGACUCCUUUGAAGCAAUGAGUGGAACCAACAGUGAUUGGUUGAUAGAGUAAGGAUACCAUAUGCAACCCUUCCAGACUGAUUCCAUAAAGCUCUCUUAGCAGUCACUCACACUACAUUGCCCAAAAGGAUUGAGAAUAGUUAAAGUUUAAAGAAAUCAUCUUUUCAGCUUCAACAGAGAGAUUUCACCAGCACAUUUACCAGAAGAAUCUGGGAGUGGAUUCCACUACAGUGAUAGAGACUGCAUCUUUAAGAAGUAACCAUUAUACUGUCUGUGUAUGUGUAUAUAUUUAUAUAUAUAUACACAUACAUACAUAUAUAUGUAUAUAUAUAGUACUGUAAUACUGCAAGAGGGUUUUUUAAAUUUCCCACUUUAUUUUUUAUACACAUUAAUCAGAUAUCAUUACUUACUGCAGUUGCAACUAUGCACUUGUAUAAAGCCAUAAUGUUGGUUUAUAUCAUUCAUUCAUGUGGACCUGAUGGAAGCUGCAUGUUAAUGUUAAGCAAUUAAUGUAACAGAGUUUGAAAUUAAUUAUAUCAGUUUCCUAAUGCUUCGUAAUAGGCAACUUUACCCAUUUUGAAUGCCUUAAUUUAAUUUUUUUUCAAAGUCUUAGCCCUUCAGCUGUAUUUUUUUUAAAAACAAGUGUUUGUUUACCGCUAGUAGGAUGCAGAUUUGCUUUGUGGAAGAAAAAUAGUGCACUAUUUUACACAUAAUAGUUAUAUCAGUGUCAGCCUACUUUGAUUGUAUAACAGUUUCUUUUUUUAAGUAUUGGUCAUAGAAACAAUAAUGGAUAGUAUUCAAACUAAUAUAUCUUUGAUGUAUAUCUAUUAUUCAUCCAACCCCUUUUACAGACCUCAGUAUUAGUCUGUGACUUAAUAAGUGCUAUGAAAUGUUUUCUUUGCUUUGAAUUUGCUGGGUAUCCUAGAUGUGUCUUUAUUUCUGGUAAAAAAAAAAAAAAUUGUGACUAUUUUUACAUUUCAUACUCAAAAUUCAAAAAUUGUCUCAAAUAUAAAGAAAACUAAGACAUACUGUAGAUAUAUUUUAAAUAUUUAAAUGUGAUCCUCAAACACAACUCUGUAUGGCAAUAUUUCAGUAUCGGGUAAAGAAAACUAAUAACUGGGAAGAAACGGCCUCAAAGGCACUUAAUUUUAUUUUUAUUUUUAAAAUGCUAUUAAAGUUACAGUUUAGGCAGGCCCAGUCCUGCUAUAUUUCUCAUAAUACCAGAAGAGUGUGUGUUUAUACCACUACAGUAUGCAGCAAUGGUGAUCGAGUGAAAGAAAAAAAAACCGUAGUAUUUUAUCAGUCUCUCUAUAUACACAUACAGAGUGUGGUAGGAUAUUGAAAUACACCAAUAUUCAAUGAAGAAAGUAGCCAUUUCAUUGGUUCCCUCUAGGGGCAGUGUAGAGAUGUUUAAAGAGUUAGAUCCCCAAUUAUAGAUAAUAUUGUGGAAAUUGAAAAGUGGCCUACUGAUAAACUGAAACUGAAUUUUGUUUUUCUCGUCACCAAAUCUGCACUCUUCCGUGCUGACUGUGCUAAAACUAGAUAUGCAUACCAUUUCCCUCGCAGAUAGGUUUCCUGCAGUUCUGGUUUUGAGGCACAGCAUUUUUUUUUUAAAGUUUAAGAUUAAAAAUGAAAAAUAUAUAAAAUUUAUAUAGAAUAAUUAUUUCCAUUCAUUAGACUUGUUAAAAGGAGACUGAAUUAAUAUUUUAUAUAAAGAUUUUGCUACAUUAUGGGAGGUUCUAUCCUAUUAUUCAGAAUUGGAGAGUAUAUAUAUAUAUAUUUUUAAUAAACUUUAUUAAGAUGAAAUAAUUUGAAGUUUACACAUGGGUAAUUGAAAUAUUUGAGUAAAAAUAUGAAAGUUUAAAUUUUGAAUGCUGUAUAUAUUAGAGAAUAUGGAGAAUCAUGAUGUGAUGCAACUGUAUAAGGAAAAUUAAUGUGAAGUUUUUUUGAGGGGGAUAAAAAGAUUUUCUGAGGGGUUAAAAACAAUCUCUCCCAUGGAGAUUCUUCACAUUAUAUGGUUUGACAUGAGGAUUUACAAGGUUGUUUGUCCAACUAAUGGAAAUGCGCUUAAUAAAAAUUUCGGACAUUGGGUAAGAAUUUGCUUUUUACCCCGUUGCUGCUUUCACGUACAUUUCAUGUGCAUGAGUGCGUGCAUCUAUCCAAAUGUUCUCUUCCCAACACUCAUUAAAUAUGAUACUGACUUGGUUGAACAACCUGA